GCCAGCACUGAAAGAACUAUUAGUCUCUUUUGAACGGUUUGGAUGUAUGUCUAGAGAAAGCUAGUGUGUCACUCUUCUAUACCUUUAUCACCUAAACAGUUAGAGCGAUAAUGUAUUGCGCCUACCCUGUCCCUGGAAUGGGCAGUAACUCUUUAAUGUAUUACUACAAUGGGAAAUCGGUGUACGCACCGUCUCCCAACUCAGAGGACUUUAACAGAGAUUCUCCUUCCUACACGUCUCCUAAACCCUCCAGCAGCAUGUUUGCAAGCACUUUCUUUGACGGUACCCACAGCUCGUCUGACCCGUGGAAUCCGUCCAGUGGGAUCAGCCAGCCCGGCUAUGGGGGGAUGCUCGCAGGAUCUUCAUCUCACAUGGCACAGUCGGGGAACUACAGCAGCCUGCACUCGCACGACCGUUUGAAUUACCCUGCACACUCAGUCUCUCCAGACAUCAAUCCCAGUCUUCCUCCCAUGUCGAGCUUUCACCGGAGCAACGCCAGCACUUCACCGUUUGUCACGGCAGCUCACACCUCGUCCGUCCCCCCAGCCGACGGGAUCAUGGUUGCUGCAAAUCGGGGAACGGGAACUGGAAGCUCGCAAACCGGAGAUGCACUUGGCAAGGCUUUAGCCUCGAUUUAUUCACCUGACCACACGAGCAGUAGUUUUCCAUCCAAUCCGUCGACACCUGUGGGUUCACCUUCACCUCUGACAGCCACAGCAGGUGCAGUCUCAGCAGGUACCGUCGUGGCUGCAGCCGGCACCCCGUCUGGAAG